GACGAUCUCUGCUCGUCUCCGUGUUUGUGUUCGAAGAUGUUUCUGAAGAAGGUUGUCCAGUCGGGCAUUUCUGGGUUUAGAAAUGUCUCUGGACGGGGAGGACAGGUGUUGUCUGCAGCUGCUGCCAGGAAGCAGCACUCUCAAGCUGAGCAGCAGGGCUCAGCGGUCACCUCCAUCCGACCGGAGACGUCCACCGCCAAAACCCUGAUGGACAUCGGGACGCGGCGCAUCUUCAACGAGGACCACGACAUCUUCAGGCAAAGCGUCCGCCGCUUCUUCCAAGAGGAAGUGGUGCCGCACCACAAGGAGUGGGAAAAGGCAGGAGAGGUGAGCAGGGAGUUGUGGGAGAAGGCUGGAGAGCAAGGCCUGCUGGGAGUGAUGAUCCCGGAGGAACACGGCGGCAUCGGAGGGGACACGUUUUCUGCUGCUAUCACCUGGGAGGAGCAAAUGUACUGUAACUGUACCGGGCCGGGUUUCGCUUUGCACUCGGACAUCGUCAUGCCGUACAUUGUAAACUACGGCAGCAAAGAACAGAUCGAGCGCUUCAUUCCCUCCAUGACUGCUGGCAAAUACAUCGGCGCCAUCGCCAUGACGGAGCCAGGCGCAGGCAGCGACCUCCAGGGAGUACGUACGUACGCCAAGAAGGACGGCAGUGAUUGGAUCCUCAACGGGAACAAGGUGUUUAUCACCAACGGCUGGAUGGCGGACGUGGUGGUGGUCGUCACAGUGACCAACCGCGAGGCGAAAACGGCGGCCCAUGGCAUCAGUCUGUUUCUGGUGGAGAACGGUAUGAAGGGCUUCCAGAAGGGCCGGAAACUGGAGAAGAUCGGCCUGAAGGCGCAGGACACAGCGGAGCUGUUCUUUGAGGACGUGCGUCUUCCAGCCAGUGCUCUGCUGGGAGAACUCAACAAGGGUUUCUACUACCUGAUGAAUGAGCUGCCACAGGAGCGUCUGUUGAUUGCUGACAUGGCCAUAUCCAGCUGUGAGUUUAUGUUUGAGGAGACCAGGAACUACGUUCUGCAGAGGAAGGCCUUUGGGAAAACUGUCGCCCACCUCCAGACUGUGCAGCACAAGCUGGCGGAGCUGAAGACGGAGAUCUGCGUGGGUCGUGUUUUCAUGGACAACUGCCUGCAGCUCCUCUCAGAGCGCCGCCUGGACCCCACCACCGCCUCCAUGGCCAAGUUCUGGGCGUCAGAGCUCCAGAACAAGGUGGCCACCCAGUGCCUGCAGCUCCACGGAGGCUGGGGCUACAUGUGGGAGUACCCCAUCGCAAAGGCGUUUGUGGACUCCAGGGUUCAGCCCAUCUACGGAGGAACCAAUGAGAUCAUGAAGGAGCUGAUUGCACGUGGCAUCAUGACCCAGACAUGAGACUGAAGGAAUAUUUGAUGCUCCCUCAGCACCAAGAAAGUUAGGGAUAUAGUUUAAAGAAAGAUACUAUAGUUGUACUAUUUCAUAUCUGGGUGACGUAAUUUAAAUAAUUUCUAAUAAAAGUCUGAUGGUUUUAGAUAAAGUCAAACUUUUAGAUAGACUUCUGUUAACUGAUUUGUUAUUUGCUUUGUGUCUGAUUUGUGCCAAUCUGAAAUAAAUGUAUGACGGUAUCUGCAUCUCGAUUAUAUGUUCCAACUUGUUAGCCGGUUUGUUUUUUUGCAACAUAGGUUGGACUCAAAUUGAAGUGUCCUUCUGACAAACUUUGUCCCUCAGUUAAACUUGGUCUGAAUUGCUUUCUAAAGUUGCAGCGUCUGCUCUCUGCCAGUAGGUGGCAGCAGUCCAGCGUCCCGACUGCAGCAGGAGAAAUGAGUUUUCAUUUGAUUCCAGCGCGCCCGGAUAAAGAGAAAACUGUUGCCUCUGGAGAAUAAAAUAAAAAAAUACAAAAACUUUA